AAAACCCCGUAUGUGGGUGCGGGUGGAAGAAACGCCAACGGAAGAGAUGACUCGGCUGACAAAAACGCUAAAUGUGUAAACAAAGACUCCAGCAUUCCGGACAGAAGGAGGCAGCGUGCGUUAAAGCAGGUAGGACUCACCAGCUCCACCUUCAUCGGGCCAGCAUUUCCUCCUCUAAAAACAGCCAGGGUCAAGUCUGACAUUGAAGAUACACUGAGUGAGUUUUACAAAGAGCUUGAGAAGAUUGAUGCGCCUGAUGGUGCUUAUGAUAACUCAGGGAAACAAAAGGCUGGUGUUGGUCAACCACGCGUACCCUCUAAAACGUCUACAAGCAACCAUACUCGGGACGUAAGCGAGGAAAGAAUUGUUUACACAGUCAACCGUGCAGCAACAGAGGGCUACCAGAAAGGCAGUGGGCAGAAGGAGCCGUCCUGGUCUCACUGGUAUCAAAAUGAGCCAUACCACCCCAGAAGACCGAGGCCAGAUGCUCCUGCUCCAAGUCAAUGGCAUUAUCCUCAAACGGUGAACAGACCACCAAACCCAAGCUUUCACAGACCCCCAUUCCAUCGGCCAUCACCCCCAACUGCAUUCCCAAAUCAACAAAACCCACCAUCAACAGCGAAUCAAAACUGGAGCGGCUCAGGCACGACAAACCAGUACCAGGAGGAGUCGCAUUUUCCAAAGUUUUCUAGCUUUCCACCUGCGAAUGUAUCCAGUCAACCCUCUCAGGGCUUUUAUGGAGAUUCCCCAUACCGCUUAGACAGGGAUGAACGGCGUUGUAGCUAUGAUGUGCACUCAGAUAACGUUGGAUGGCCCAGGGGUAGGGAAGAAGAAUCGUGUCAGUUUGUUAAAGAUUAUGACAGAUCCCAGAGAUACGACUCAGAAAAUGAACGGUGGGAGCAGCACUGCCAAACCCCUGCCAACACUAAAGCAUUCCAUCCUUCCUUGGUGCUGAUCUUGAUGAGGGGAUUACCAGGAUCUGGGAAAUCGACACUGGCCAGGGAGCGGCUCUCCGCUGGUCCCAACGGCCUGAUACUGAGCACAGAUGACUUCUUUGCUUACAGAGAUGGGUACCGCUAUGAACCAGGCCUCCUCGGUGCAGCACAUGAAUGGAACCAGAACAGAGCUAAAGAUGCUAUGCAUGAUGGCCGAUCUCCCAUUAUUAUUGAUAAUACAAACCUCCAAGCUUGGGAAAUGAAGCCAUAUGUCAAAAUGGCCAUAGAGAGAGGAUACAAAGUGGACUUUUGUGAACCAAACACCAGCUGGAAGUUUGAUCCUUAUGAGCUGGAGAAGAGGAACAAGCACGGUGUUCCAAAGGAGAAGAUCGCACUGAUGAUGGAUCGUAGUUCUUUUCCAAUAUCUGUAGACAUUGUCAUGUGUUCACAAGAGCCAAAUCACGUGAACCAAAGACAUCAACCAGAGCAGCCACAGAUGAUGAGGCAGGACCGAGAUUUCCGUUAGUUUUUUACAGGAAUUCAAACGGCGAAACAGUUUGCUUCGAAGAACACAUAUUUUGUAAUGGAGUAAAUAUUGUUUGCUACUGUUUUUAAGUGAUUUUUUAAAAUCAUUAUUUUUUUUAAUAUUGUAAAUGUAUGUAAUGGAAGAGGAAAUCUAUUUUUUCUGAAGAAGUU